AUGGUUUAUAGUGACAGAAUAAUUACGGGUUGUCACAAAAGUGGAAGUGAACAUGAAGACCUAGAUGAAGAUGAGGAUUCAGUUAUUCAAGAUUCAUAUUUUGUUGAUCAUGAAGAAGAUGAUGCUCCCUAUCCAUUUCCAGCAAACAAAACUGCACAUGAUAGAUUUUUAAACAUCCUUUGUGAACCUAUAGAGAGUGAAGAUCAAUAUGAUGAAUACGUGCCACCGCAGUACCCUGUGUAUGAUGAGAGACAACCAUGGGAUCAGAUGAAACCAAUGAUAGGUAUGCGAUUUUCUAACCCUACUGAGCUGAAACAUAUGUUAAGCAACUAUGCAGUUGCUAAUGGGUAUGAUCUAUGGUUUGAAAACAAUGACUCUGAUCAACUGUUAGUGAAAUGUUGCAAAAAGAAUAAGUCACCAUCUUGCCUCUUCAGACUAUGGGCCUCCUGGAUGAGUAAAGAAAAGACUUUUCAGAUCGAAUCUCUAGUGAGUGAACAUAAUUGUUGUAGGGUGUUUAAGUCUGGGUCAAUAGUAACUUACAUAUGGAUAGGGAAACAUUUUAUUAGUCAAAUUAUAGAGAACCCAAAAAUGAGUGCAAGGAAGAUGAAAGCUAAAGUGUCAACGACAUUCAACAUAAAUGUGAGUGUGGGGCAAUGUAGAAAUGCAAAGAAAUUUGCAUUACAAGAGAUUGAAGGAAGUCUAAUUGAACAUUAUGGGAGAUCGUGGUCAUAUGGUGAGGAAAUUAUUAGGUCAAAUCCUGGGUCUACUGUGAGGUUGGAUGUAGAUAUCAUGCCAGAUUCCACAACUUUGUUUUCCAAGUUCUAUGUGUGUUUCAAAGCUGUAAGGGAUGGUUGGUUUGAAGGGUGCAGACAUGUAAUUGGGUUUGAUGGUUGCUUUUUAAAGGGUAUAGUUAGAGCAGAAGCUCUUUCAGCUGUUGGGAGAGAUGCAAACAACCACAUCUACCCUAUAGCAUGGGCUGUGGUAUGUGUUGAGAAUAAAGAAACAUGGAAGUGGUUCAUAGAUUUGCUUAUGGAUGACAUUAAUGGUGGUCUUGGUGCAGGCAUUACCCUUCUUUCUGAUGGACACAAGGUUAGUACUAGGUCCUUUUUAUGCUUUUUCACUCAUGAUGUUAUGAUUUGUAGGGGUUAUUACAAGCAGUUAAGGAAAGAUGUCCAGAAGCUGAACAUAGGCAAUGUGCCAGACAUUGUGGCCAAUUUUAGUAAAAGGUUUACUGGUCAAGAAUACAUGAAGUUAUUUUGGAGGAUUAUAAGGGCUAGUACUAUGGAGAAGUUCAGAGGUGUAAUGGAGAAGAUCAAAUCUAUUGAUACUCUUGCUUAUCAUUACCUUAUAGACAGAGAUCCUACUACCUGGUCUAAGGCAUUCUUUCAAGAAGGAAAAAUAUUGUGA